AUGAAGUCUAGUCAAAACCUGAAGCUCCUCAGAAUCAAUGAAACAUCUCUGUCACAGUCGCUCCUCUCAGAACCUCACGGCUGGCUGGUGGACUUGGUGAAUCAGUUUGGAGAGAUGGGAGGCUUCACAGCAAUUCAGUGCAAGCUCAACCAGGAAGAGAUGGAGAUUGGGGAACCUCACGGCUGGCUGGUGGACUUGGUGAAUCAGUUUGGAGAGAUGGGAGGCUUCACAGCAAUUCAGUGCAAGCUCAACCAGGAAGAGAUGGAGAUUGGGUGUGUAUCAGCUCUGGUUCAGCCGCUCGGCGUGUGUGCAGAAUACCUCAACUCCAGCCUGGUGCAGCCCAUGCUGGACCCAGUCAUCCAUAAGAUGAUAACAUAUGUGCAGAACCUGGAGGAGAAAGACCUGAAAGACAAGCGUUUGGUGAGUAUUCCAGAGCUCUUGUCGGCCAUUAAGCUCCUCUGCAUGCGUUUCCAGCGGGAGCUGGUGAACAUCGUGGAUGACCUUCGGCUGGACAUCCUUCUCCGAAUGCUCAAGACGCCCCACUUCAGUGCCAAAAUGAACUCCCUCAAAGAGGUCACGAAACUCAUUGAGGAAAGCACAGUUUCCAAGACUGUGAAGAACGCCAUCGACACAGACCGACUCCUGGACUGGCUGGUAGAAAACUCAGUACUGUCAAUAGCUUUAGAAGGAAACAUUGACCAGGCCCAGUACUGUGACAGAAUAAAGGGAAUUAUUGAGCUGUUGGGCAGUAAGCUCUCAUUGGAUGAACUCUCCAAAAUAUGGAAAAUACAGGCUGGUCAGUCCUCCACUGUGAUUGAGAACAUCCACACCAUCAUCGCCGCUGCUGCCGUCAAGUUCAACUUUGACCAGCUGAGCCACCUCUUUGUCCUCAUACAGAAGAGCUGGGAGGUUGAGAGUGAUCGUGUGAGACAGAAGCUUCUGAGUCUGAUUGGACGGAUCGGCAGGGAGGCUCGCUCUGAGGCGACCACAGGAAAGGUGUUGGAGGUAUUGUGGGAGUUGGCGCAUCUCCCCACCCUUCCUACCACUCUAGUACAGCAGGCCCUGGAAGAACAUCUCACCAUCCUCAGCGACGCAUACGCUGUCAAAGAAACCAUCAAGAGGAACUACAUCAUCAAAUGCAUCGAAGAUAUCAAGAAGAUGCAAAUACAGGAGGAUUCAAAGUCUUCCAGCGAGACACAGGUCUCUUUUCUUACUGGCACCUGGGGCAAGAAGAAACCGAGCUCAUUGGCUAAAUCGUCUCAGCAAACUAACCCUCAGACGGUGUGGGUGGUUCCAGCCUUGCGGCAGCUUCAUGAGAUUACGCGGUCUUUUAUCAAACAGACCUACCAGAAACAGGACAAGAGUAUAAUCCAGGACCUGAAGAAGAACUUUGAGAUAGUGAAGCUGAUCACAGGCUCUCUGGUGUCAUGUCAUCGCUUGGCCGUAUCUGUCGCUGGAUCCAAUGGUCUUUCUGGGUCCACACUGGUUGAUGGGCGGUACUCCUAUCAGGAGUAUUUGGAGAGUCACUUGAAGUUCCUUGCAUUCUUCCUGCAAGAGGCCAGUCUGUACCUGGUCUGGAAUAGAGCCAAAGAGAUCUGGGAAUGCUUGGUCUCUGGCAUGGAUGUGUGCGAGCUGGAUCGAGAGAUGUGUUUCGAAUGGUUCACUAAGGGACAGCAUGAUCUAGAGAGUGAUGUUCAACAGCAGCUCUUUAAAGAGAAGAUCCUCAAGCUGGAGCCUUAUGAGAUCACUAUGAACGGGUUUAACCUCUUCAAGACCUUCUUUGAGAAUGUGAACCUCAGUGACCACCGUCUCAAACGGCAGGGAACACAACUGUGCGUGGAGCGAUUGGAUCUGGCUGGGAUGGACUUCAUCUGGAGGAUCGCGAUGGAAUCUCCAGACGAGGACAUCGCUAAUGAAGCCAUACAUCUCAUCAUUACUUACAGCUACAUUAACCUCAACCCCAAAAUGAAGAAGGACUCAGUAUCUCUACAUAAGAAAUUCAUUGCUGACUGCUAUAAGAGAUUGGAGGCUGCUAGCUCUGCGCUGGGCGGCCCGACCCUCACACAUGCUGUUACCCGGGCAACCAAGAUGCUGACAGCCACUGCUAUGCCAACGGUCGCCACAUCGGUGCAAUCUCCAUCCAGGUCCAGUAAACUAGUUAUCAUUGAGAGACUUCUGUUAUUGGCGGAGCGUUAUGUCAUAACAAUAGAGGACCUGUAUUCUGUUCCUCGAACUAUUCUACCUCAUGGAGCGUCUUUCCACGGCCAUCCUGUUACACUUCACAUCACAUACGAAUCUACCAAAGACACAUUCACCUUGGAGGCCCACAGCAAUGAGACCAUAGGCAGCAUCAGAUGGAAGAUAGCCGAGCAGCUCAGCUGUCCGGUGGACAAUGUGCAGAUAUUUGCCAAUGACAGCAUGCUGACAAUGAAUCGUGACCAGAAGCUGUUGAAUCAGCUGGGUUUCUCUGAUGAGCAGAGUCUGACGGUAAAGAGCUCAGGAACAGGCACUCCAUCAGGCAGUUCAGCGGACAGCUCUGCCUCGGCCAGCUCCAGCAGCAGCGGGGUCUUUAACUCUGCGUAUGCUUUGGAGCAGGAGAAAUCUCUUCCUGGUGUGGUCAUGGCGUUGGUGUGUAAUGUCUUUGAGAUGCUUUAUCAGCUCGCCAAUUUGGAGGAACCUAGAAUAACUUUGCGUGUCAGGAAGUUGUUGCUGCUCAUCCCGACCGACCCAGAGGUGCAGGACGCCCUUGAUAACUUUGUGCCAAAAGAGUCCAGCGUCUGGAGUCACCAGAAAACUCUGUUUACGCUGGGGUCUGGUUCUCAGGCCUCAAAGUCUCCAUCUCUGUCCAGUAAACAGCAGCACCAGCAGAGUGCAGCGUCCAUCCUGGAGUCUCUGUUUCGUUCCUCUGCCCCUGGCAUGUCUACAUUCAGAGUGCUUUAUAACCUGGAGGUGCUGAGCUCCAAGCUGAUGCCCACAUCUGAUGAUGAAAUGGCAAAAACCAGUGUCAAAUCUUUCUGUGAGAACUUCCUCAAAGCGGGAGGUCUCAGUCUGGUGGUUAAUGUCAUGCAGAGAGACUCCAUCCCCUCUGAGGUGGACUAUGAGACCAGACAGGGAGUCUAUUCCAUCUGCCUGCAGCUGGCCAGGUUCCUGCUGGUAGGGCAGGCUAUGCCUAGUUUGCUCGAUGAGGAGUUGAGCAAGGAAGGUCUGGACACUUUGUCCUCUCGGCCAUUCCGUAAUGCCGGGCGGCAGAGCGGCCGACAGCUCUCCGUCUGCGGGACUCCAGAGAAGUCCUCCUACAGGCAGGUGUCCGUGUCUGACAGAUCCUCCAUCAGAGUGGAAGAAAUCAUCCCGGCCGCCCGUGUCGCCAUACAGACAAUGGAGGUGGGAGACUUCACAUCCACAGUGGCGUGCUUCAUGAGGCUCACCUGGGCAGCAGCUGCAGGCCGAUUGGACCUAGUUGGAAGCAGCCAGCCAAUCAGAGAGACAACUAACUCGCUUCUCCCGCUGGGUGUUCGCAGCAGGGUCAGCAGCACAGGAAGUAACUGCAGCUCAGGCAGUGAGGGAGAGGUCACCACAUUGCAGGCUGGGAUAUGCGUCAAACAGCUGUUUGUGUCCAUCAAAGACACUAUUAUUGCAAGAGAAGCACUCUCUUUACUCGUCACAUGCCUUCAGCUACGCUGCCAACAGCUAUCUUCAUUUUACAAUCUGACUUCUGUGAAUGAUUUCAUCAUUGAUAUUCUGCUGGGGUCGCCCAGUGGAGAGAUCCGACGUGUAGCGUGUGAUCAGCUGUACACUCUCAGUCAGUCAGACACCUCUGCAUACCCUGACCUCCAGAAGCCCAACCUCUUCCUGCUGAAGGUGGUUCUGACAGCCCAACUUCCUCUCUGGUCCCCCACCAGCAUCAUGAGGGGCAUUAACCAAAGGUUGCUUUCACAAUGCACAGAGUAUUUUGAUCUGAGGUGCCAACUACUGGAUGAUCUGACCACAUCAGAAAUGGAGCAGCUUCAGAUCGGCCCUGCGGCCAUGCUGGAGGACGAGAUCAGCUGGCUUGAUAAUUUCGAGCCCACUUGGACCAACGAGCUGGAGACCAGCGAGGCCGACAACAUCCUGCUGGCUGGACACCUGCGCCUCAUUAAAACCCUGCUGUCCCUCUGCGGCAAAAAGACCAGUGACCAACUAUAUUCAUGA